UAGAGGGCGCUAUAAAACGAGUGAUGCCGACAAUGCGCGUGUGCACGGAGUUUGAACUGCCUUCGUCAAAAUGUCAUCCAGGAAAGACUGAGUGAGUAUCAACAUGAUCAAAGGGUUGCACUGGAGAGAUAUCAUUUGUUUGUGAACUCUUUGUGGAAAUUUCUUAUCAAAGAAACAUUCCUUGACAGAACGACAGACCGUUCAUGCGACUAUGUCUGGAGAGAAAUAAUUUGUAUGUGACACUUCUUGUCGGCAAGCUUUUUUUCCUCAGGAUACUGGUCUACAAAACCAAAAGAUACUCCACACCGGAAUAUGAUUGCAGAAAACUGCUCUAGACUCAACAGAACCUGACCAUCGCUCAGCAAGUCCACACUUGAGAGGAACAAGUUGCCUGUGACAUUUUUGGAAAAGGCUUCACAGAUACUGUUAGCCAAAAAUGAAGACCCACAUGUGUGUCCACACUGGAGAGAAACCAUUCGUUUGUGAGAUUUGUGGAAAAGGCUUUCCAGUAAAAGGUAAGCUGACUACCCAUCAGCGUGUCCACACUGGAGAGAAACCAUUCGUUUGUGAGAUUUGUGGAAAAGCCUUUGCAAUCAGUGGUACUUUGACCGUCCAUCAGCGUGUCCACACUGGAGAGAAACCAUUUGCUUGUGACAUUUGUGGAAAAGGCUUUCCAGUAAAAGGUAAGCUGACCAUUCAUAAGCGUUUCCACACAGGAGAGAAACCAUUUGUUUGUGACAUUUGUGGAAAAGGCUUUCCAGUAAAAGGUAAGCUGACUACCCAUCAGCUUGUCCACACUGGAGAGAAACCAUUCGUUUGUGAGAUUUGUGGAAAAGCCUUUGCAAUCAGUGGUACUUUGACCGUCCAUCAGCGUGUCCACACUGGAGAGAAACCAUUUGCUUGUGACAUUUGUGGAAAAGGCUUUCCAGUAAAAGGUAAGCUGACCAUUCAUAAGCGUUUCCACACAGGAGAGAAAACAUUUGUUUGUGACAUUUGUGGAAAAGCUUUUUUAGAAAAACAGAUGAUGACUAGACAUCAGCGUGUUCACACUGGAGAGACGCCAUUUGUUUGUGAUGUUUGUGAUAAAGGCUUUUUACGAAAAUAUCAGCUGACCAGACAUCAGCGUGUUCACACUGGAGAGAAACCUUUCGCUUGUGACAUUUGUGGAAAAGCUUUUCCGCGAAAAGAUACCCUGAUAGACCACCAGCGUAUCCACACUGGAAAGAAACCAUUUUGUGAUGUUUGCGAGAAAACCUUUUGUACCGAGGGGUAUCUGAAAAGCCAUCGGCGUAUCCACACUGGAGAGAAACCAUUGUGUGAUAUUUGUAAGAAAAGCUUCUGUAACGAGGAAUAUCUGACCAUCCACCAGCGAAUCCACACUGGAGAGAAGCCAUUUGCGUGUGAUGUUUGUGAAAAAGUCUUUACAGCCAAAAAUUGGCUGACCAGACAUCAGCGUGUCCACACUGGAGAGAAACCAUUUGCUUGUGACAUUUGUGGCAAAGCGUUUACAACCAGUUGUUAUUUGACAAUCCAUCAGCGUGUCCACACUGGAGAGAAACCAUUCGUUUGUGAUUUUUGUGAAAAAGGCUUUGCAACCAGUUCCAAGUUGACAGUCCAUCAGCGUGUCCACACUGGUGAGAAACCAUUCGUUUGUGAUUUUUGUGGAAAAGCCUUUGCAAUCAAUAAGACUUUGGCCGCCCAUAAGCGUAUCCACACUGGAGAGAAACCAUUCGUUUGUGAUAUUUGUGGAAAAGCCUUCAGAACAAAAAGACAGCUGACCCUGCAUCAGUGUGUUCACACGGGAGAAAAAACAUUCAAUUGUGAUAUAUGUGAGAAAGACUUUGCAGCAAAACAUCUGCUGACCAAACAUCAGCGUAUCCACACUGGAGAGAAACCAUUUGUUUGUGAUGUUUGUGGAAAAGCCUUUGCAGCCAAUGGUAGUUUGAUCGUCCAUCAGCGUGUCCACACUGGAGAGAAACCAUUCGUUUGUGAAAUUUGUGGAAAAGGCUUUGCAAGUAAAGGAAAUUUGAAAGCCCAUCAGCAUUUCCACACAGGAGAGAAACCAUUUGUUUGUGACAUUUGUGGAAAAGCUUUUUCAGAAAAAUAUGUGAUGACCAGACAUCAGCGUGUUCACACUGGAGAGACGCCAUUCGUUUGUGAUGUUUGUGAUAAAGCCUUUCCCACCAGGUCUGGGUUGACCGCCCAUCAGCGUGUCCACACUGGAGAGAAACCAUUUGUUUGUGAUAUUUGUGGAAAAGCCUUUGCAACCAGGUCUGGGUUGAUCGCCCAUCAGCGUGUCCACACUGGAGAGAAACCAUUUGUUUGUGAUAUUUGUGGAAAAGCCUUUGCAAUCAAUGGUAAUUUGGCCAGACAUCAUCAGUGUGUCCACACUGGAGAGAUACCAUUUGUUUGUGAUAUUUGUGGAAAAGGCUUUUCACAAAAAGCCUACUUGACAGCCCACAGAAAGCGUAUCCACACGGGAGAGAAAUAAAUUUGUGUGUGACAUUUGAAAAGCCUUUGUACUCAAUCUUGUUCUGCCACAUCCAUCAGCAUAUAAUGCUUGAGAGCAAACACUUUCUUUAUGACAUUUUGUGGAAAAGCCUUUCAAGAACUUCGAGCCCUUGCAAACCAUUAGCAAUUCCACACCAGAGAGAAACACUCUGCUUGUGACGAGUGUGGUCAAGUUAUUCACCUUAAACCUUUUUUUUUAAAAUUCCAUCGGGUGUCUGUAUUAAAUGGUUAGAAACUAUGUUUGUUUCAGGCACGGCCAGGAGUUUUAAAUAGAGAUCGGUGGCAUGAACUUUGACAUUACAGAUACUUAAUUUAUUAGAAAUUAUUUAUUAUUAAAUGUUUUUCCAGUGAGAAUUCACUUAAAGGCACUGGACACUAUUGGUUAUUG